GGGCAGAAGGUGGUUGGUUCGAUGCGCUCCAACUCGCGAGAUAGCACCACCGUGGUCGCUACCAUCAGCGCUGAUGGUCACACCUGGGCACCAACCAAUAUCUUCAAAGGGCAAAGACUUCAGGUCGAUUGGUUUGUAGAGCGAAACGGCCCGGAGGGUGCGAGGUACACCUAUACGGAUUCUUCGUUCAUGGAGGGAGACGUAUUCAUCGCCAUUGAAUAGUCUACUUGAAGGAUUUCCACAAGCAGCUCGGCGACCGAGGGUUGCUCGACGGAAACCCCACAUACUCUUGCUCGAUGGACAUGCAUCACACGUGAGCGUGGAGGUAAUCAGGCUGGCCAUGAAUCUCAAAAUCAUCUUGUUCCAGCUACCCUCCCACACGUCGCACAUCACCCAGCCCUUGGAUGCCGUCACCUUCGGACGCUUUAAGAAAUCGGUGACCAGAGUUUUGGCGUCCUUCUACCACAGCUCCGGCGGGUUGUUACCGCUGAAACGCGACAUGCCCGGCGUGAUCGCGGAUGCUUGGAAAUUGAGCUUUACACCGGAGAUAAAUAAAUCAUCAUCCGCUGGGGCGGGCUUGUGGCCUGUGAACAAGGAGCGGGCGCUGGGCCGGCUGAAGGGCACAGCGAAGAAGAAAGAGCGGCGAGACGAGCGCCCACCCCUACAGGAUGUCCCCAUCGCCGCCCUCAACGAGCAGCUGGAAAAAGACAUCGGAGAAAGGGCCCUCAGGGUGCUGAGGGGCAAGGGCACACCGUCACGGGGAUCCGAGUAGGCACGGUGUUACUCGGUGGCCUCUUGACUCAAAGGAAACGCGCGAAGGAGAUGGCGACCUCGCGGGGAUCGCUUGGCCUUCCCGGCGGAGGCAACAUUACCGCGCCUGAGUUCCUGGACGCUGUUGCAGAAAGAGAACGCGCAGACAAAGCGGAGAGCGACGCGAAGGCUGCGAGGGCGAAAGUCCGCGAAGAGAAGAGGGCUGGAGGCGGGGGCCGCGGUGUUGGUCGUGGAGACGGGGUGGGAGCGCGUGGCCGGGGGGGGGGGCGCGGCCGGGUGGCUGGAGCAGAAGGGACCNGCGGGGGGAGGGAGGCGGGGGCCGCGGUGUUGGUCGUGGAGACGGGGUGGGAGCGCGUGGCCGGGGGGGGGGGCGCGACCGGGUGGAGGGGCGCGGCCGGGUGGCUGAAGCAGAAGGGACGACUUUGUCGGAAUGUCAGCCAGCGCCCUCCGUGUGCAGGGUUGGACGACAACGGACGCCGACACCCGUUGUCGACGUGUAGCCGUAUGGAUAUCUCUCACGUGUACGGACAGGUUCGGAUUUGAAUCGAACACGCCCAAAUGGUCGUGAGGUUGCACCCGGAGUCGAUAUGCACCCUGUAUAACGUCGCAUGUGGUUCGUAGGCUAUGCGACGGUAAUUUACGGGCGUGCCAGCACCGGGGAGGCAGGAUGCACAGGUUUUGAACCCAACCCGGGGAUGUCAUCAUUUUGUCCCCGGGUGACCUGUGUGUGUGUGUAUGUUUUUUUUUUGCCAUCGAUGUUUUUCACUCAUGCUUACAGGUUCCCUCAGAAGCACCCGUCGCGGGGGUGCAAAGGUGUUGAAACUACGGUUGUUUUCGGCGUUAAUUCUUACCGUAGCGGCAAAAGCCUAAAAUCGGGGGAAAGUAUCCUUAUGUGACCUGUAAUAUAUCAUCAGGUGUGCUCCAAUGGGCAAGGAAUUGUGCGUACAGUCGAAACAUACCCUGUAGAACGUCGUGUGGUUCGUUCCCUAUUUGAUGGUGACAUUCGUGCGUUCCUGUACCAGGGGGGGGAGGGAUGCACAGGUUGUGACCGAAAACCCGGGGACGCGGUGGUUCUGUCCCCAGGGUGGCUUUUUUUAUUUUCUGAACAUGUUUCUCACUCAUGUUUAAAGAUCCCCUCCAAAGGUUGUGUCGUAGGGAUGAACGAGUCNGAAUUGUGCGUACAGUCGAAACAUACCCUGUAGAACGUCGUGUGGUUCGUUCCCUAUUUGAUGGUGACAUUCGUGCGUUCCUGUACCAGGGGGGGGAGGGAUGCACAGGUUGUGACCGAAAACCCGGGGACGCGGUGGUUCUGUCCCCAGGGUGGCUUUUUUUAUUUUCUGAACAUGUUUCUCACUCAUGUUUAAAGAUCCCCUCCAAAGGUUGUGUCGUAGGGAUGAACGAGUCUUCCUCAAUGGUGGAUACAGUUUGGCGGUGUUCGGCGUGAAUUCUUACCGUUAGCGGCAUGCUAAACCAGGAAAAAGUACCCAUAUUUGACCAAGUACCAUUUGACGUAGACAACUCAUUUUGCCGUUAUUUUUUUUUCUCGAGUCGUCUACUGACUGGAAUAACACAUUUAUGCACCAAACUGGUUGUUAUGCCUCGUUUCGAACGCACACAGCACGCAAAACAGGUCAUGGAGGGAAAAAAACCAUCCCUACCCAUGGUGUCGAAAACCCGGGGAUACGUCACUUUCAUCCCCGGAUGGAUGUCGAUCAUUUUUUUGUCUUACUUUUUCUUCAUUCCUUUUGUAUUUUACGCAUGCCCACCAAAUCUUGGGUCUUAAAACGCUUUCAAACGUGUGAAAUCAACCAAUGAUGAAAGUGGCCUUUAAUACCCCCAGGGGUAAUUUACUCUCAAAAUGGCGCCUGCAGCUCAGGCCUGCAGCUCCAGCCCUACCUGGUCACUGCUGUUGACGUUUAUUUUCUUUUUUUUAGGUAGGCGGGGGGUGAUCUUGCCUAUCGCUCGAUACCACAUUGUCAUUGAAAUUCGAUUUCCUGCUCAAGAACGAGCUCUUGGCACAGGGGGUGGCUUAAGUGGCCUUUAAUACCCGCCUCUACUCUACCAUCAUCGAGGGUUUUCAAAUGGGUCCAGCGGGUGCGGUGUCUUCAUGUCACCUACGGCAUUAAUGCUGUAGAUUAGAGUCGCAGAAAAUACCUAGACUAUUCCAGUAAUAGCAGCCUUCGGCCGCAGAAUUAAACUCCCUGGAGAACGUCCCACGCCUCGCAUAUGGCCGCACAGACGAGUGGUAAAGGAGACUAAAAUAUCAAUCAUGCUUGUUUUUCGAGUGUUUGCCGUCUCACCAGCAAAUCGUCAAAUCUUAAUCCUAUCAGGAUGUCAGACACACAAUGCCACGCCUCGUAUCUGAACAUGACAAGCUAGCCUACUCCUAAUUGCACCAAUCAACUCCGUGUAUGUUUCAGCUGCGUACCAAACUCUGUCGAAGUCAUGGGCGGCAGCAAGGGCUGCAGCGUUGACAAUCGGUCUUUCUUCGGAACGGCAGCGUUGUACUUUAGCCUUACAACUCUUGUAGUCAGCUACAGAUGCACGACUUCGGUGCAUGCCUGGGUGAGAGACACGUAAUUUACACGCGGUGGGCACGCUCCUGCCUAACAUAUAUGACACAAUAUAAC